GUCGGAAGCGAGGCGGUAAGACGAACUGGCCGAUUGGUAGAAGCUCGACGGGGAGGUGCCUUCACUUCCUUCCGUGAUGAUGAGAAGCUCGGGAGCAAGCGCCGCGUGCUUUUCCUCGGUGCUGAUCUGCCAUCCAAGAUCAACCACCAGGUGAAUGGCAGCGCCAAGGUUCAGCUCACCAGGGAGCAAGCAGUCGAACUCCAGACUGCGCUGCUCGAAGGGUUUCAGUCCGAGGACUUCCAGGGGCGCUUCCGGGAGCUUCAGGCAAAAUUCCCCGACGGCGGUGCCACGUUCUACGUGGAAAGGAGGAAGCUUGUUCUCUCGGUACAGACAAUGGUCAUUCCGAAAUAUGGCUUCUCCCCUGACUUGAGUGGCGUGUUUGACAUGGUCCGCCUGCUGGGCACCUUCUCCGAUGAUGACGGCCAGUUCGGCAGAAGAGGAUGGGAGAUCGAAAGGCUCAUCGGGGAGCGUGAGACAAGCAACGAAAGCGCCCAGCCAAAGGAACCUGACACUGGCAUGGAGUCCGACGAAGUGUUGGACGUACAGCCGACUGCACCUGACACGGACGCGGAGCCAAGCAAUGGCUUGAAUCAGUUCCUUCACGCUCUGGAUGAUAUGGAGACGGAUGGACUGGCCGACGACACCUUGGCCAGUGAUCAAGCACCGGCGGUUCCCAGCAUGGAGAGCGCACCAGAAACUGACAGUGCUGCUUCAGAGGCACCAGCAGCUGAAGCUCCUCUGGUAGGGGAAUCUGUUCAGGAUCCCCCGGAAGUCGAAUCAGUUCAGGAUGAAGCUGCCGAGUUGCAGCCGGAAGCUGAAUCAGAGAAUCCUAAGGAUGACAUCCCUGUUGUAAACUCUGAGGAUGUGGUUGCAGAAGAAGCAGCUGGCGAUGGCCAAAAAGCAGCUACGGAAAGCUCCGUGCUGGAUGACCAGACCACAACCAUACCUGCAAUGGUCACUGCAAGCGUUCCACAAGAUCAGAGUGCGGACGCCAACGUCGAGAUUGACAGAGCGCAAAGUUCCGUGCUGGAGGACCAAACCGCAACUCAAUCUGUGACGAACACCGCAAACGUUGCUGAAGACGAGCACGUCGAUGGCAACAACCAGGGUGACGGCGUGGCAGAGCAGGUGGCCCAAACAGAAUCCGAAAAGAUGGUAGAGGAUCCUGACGUGGCGCCGGAAGAGCAAGCUGCAGAGCAGAUUACAAACGGCGUCGCAGACCUCGAGACUGCAAGACAGGAGCCGGAGACCAGUGACACUGUUGCGCAAGAGGGCAAGGAGCAAGCUGCUCAAGCUGCAAAAGUCCCCGCGAAAGAAGAAGAUGAACAUCGGCACGAAACUGGUGAAGCGGUGGUAGAAGUUGAGGCAGCAGCGGAGGUGGAAGAGGUUUGUGUUGAGACAGACUUGAGUGGGGUAGACCGAGUGGAGACAGACCUGGUUCCGGAAAUUAUUCCGGAGGUCGCGGAGGCCCCUGCCGACGCGGAUGAGACUUCACCAGACAUUCCCCUCGCUGCAGAGGUGCCAAUCACAGCUGAGGCUCCAGCCGAAACGGAUGCCAUAAACGCCUCAAGCGAGGCAGAAGCCGCUGAAUCUGCCGGAGAUGUUGCUGCAAGCGCCGAUGACCCCGUCCUUACUGCUGAAGAUGUAAGAGAUACUGCAGGCGAUCCUGUUGAUGCAGUGGAGGAUAAUGCUCAGGUCUUGGUUGAAGAGCCGUCAGUCGAGCCAGAGCCCACACUGGAGAGACAACAUGACCCGCCGAGCGUGGAGCAGACUCCCGACGAGAUCGAGCCAUCUGCGGUUCAAGCUGACCAAAAUGAAUCCGAGCAUCCAACUGCUGAAGCAUCAAGCGCGCAGGGUCAGGAAGCGGUCGUUCACGAGGCUCCUGUGCAAGUCUGCGAUGCGCUGCCAGAGGAGCUGGCAGAGGCUCCCAAAGAGCUGGAGCUGGAACCUGGUGC